UCUCUCUCUCUCUCUCUCUAACCCUCUUUUUAUUUCUCUCUCUCUAACCACAAACAUGGAGGAUCAAUCAGCCGGGUGCUGCAGGUGCUGCUUCAGCUUAAUAUUCACUCUCGGCCUCAUAGCCCUCUUCAUGUGGCUGAGCGUCGACACCAAAAGUUCCACCCUCUUCGUCACCCUCCGGCUCAAAAACACCAACAAUGACAAGAGAGUUUUAUACGACGCCGUCAACCACACCUUCCGGUGGCACAGAAUGGACAGGCGCUGCUUCAGCAUCAUAUUCACCCUCGGCCUCACAGCCCUCUCCAUGUGGCUGAGCCUCCGCACCUCCAACCCCAAGUGCACCAUCCACUCAUUUUACCUUCCUGCCCUCAACCGGACCCUAAACGACACCAAAAACACGACCCUCUUCGUCGCCCUCCGGCUCAAAAACACCAACAGUGAAAAGGGAGUUUACUAUGAUGCCGUCAACCUCACCUUCCGGCUGCUGCCCAAUGCCACCAGCAUGCCCGUAGCAACUUCUGCUGUGCCCCGGUUCUACCAGGGCCACAAGAAGACGGCCACCAAGAUCUUGGUCGUGGGCCCCCAAGAGUGGCUCAACUGGACGGCAGUGUUCAGUGGGGUCCACCCCAAUGGGAGUGUGAAUUUCAGGGUGGAUUUGGCCACUGCUGUGAGGUUCAAGAUCAUGUUUUGGAAGACCAAGAGGCACAGGCUGAAUGUUGGUGCUGACGUGCUGGUCAAUGACUCCGGCGGGAAAGUCAACGAGAAGGAUAUCAAACUCUCUGCUGCACCAGAUCAUCACCUGAUUGGUUUCUUUUCUGGGCAGGUGGGGGUUUUGUCCAAUUUCUUGGUUUUGAUUUUGCUCAAUUUUUUGUGAUUUUUUUUUUUAUUUUUUAGAAUUUUUAUAGUGAAAGACUUUGUUAUUCUUGUUGCAUUUUUUUUAUUUUGUUGAUUUGUAAUCAGUGCUAUUUUUUAAGCAAGGAAGAAAUUAGUCCCAACUUUUUUACCUUAAAAUAUUUUUUAUUUAAUUUUUUGUGAUAUACUGUAGACAAUGUAACUUAGUCAAAUCAGAAUCC